GGCUCGUUUCAUCCGGUGCGCAGGAGGGGAGGGCCGCCAUAGCAUAUAAAAUCUUGGGGGACUUGUUGCCUGUCAGAGAGAGGUGUGCAGGAAGAGAAGACUGCAACCAUGACUUUACUCAGACUGUGUGGACUCCUCCUUGUAUGCUCAAGACUAAUAGAUGCUAAAUUAGACAUCAUCGCUAGUGACCCUGAUGUGCAGGUGGGAAGCCAAGUUCUGCUCUUGUGCAAAGUCGAUUCAGAGGGAGACAUCAUUUGGUUGAAGGAUGAUGAAGAGGUUGAUGAAGAUCUUCAUGAAGUCAAGAAAACUGAUGAGUCUUCGAGUGCACUGACCUUGAAGAACAUUGAGUUAAGUGACAGUGGAAUCUAUACCUGUCAGUUUGAAAAUGAACACGGCACAAAGAAGACAACCUACCAGCUUUAUGUCUACCAAGCACCAGACUUUGGCAAGACACGGACGUACCAUGAAUUUCUGGUGAACCAGACUGUGACCAUUCCCUGCAUGGUCUCUGGCAAACCCGAUGUGGAGGUCUACUGGUUACGGAACGAUCGCAUCGUGAAUGAUGACGGUAGGGGGGGUGACCAUGCUGCAGGUUCUUCCAAUCUUUUAUGUGGCCGAGGUAGUCUCAGAAUCCUCCCAGAUAGAUCCCUGCAGAUUGUGGGAAUUCAGCAGGAAGACCGUGGAACCUACACCUGUGAAGGCAAGAUCAAGGGACGCCCCGUAACCAGGCAUCUCCCGAUCUCUGUUGUUGUUAAUGAGCCACCGACCGUACUGAUUCAUGAGGAGAGAAAGAGUGUUCAUGCCGGACCCAAUACCAGUGUGUCUAUAGUCUGCCUGGUCAAAGGAGCACCCACUCCAAAUAUAACAUGGAUGCUCCCUUCCACCUCUGACGACUCCCGUAUCAGAUUCAACUCCGAUAAGAGUGAGCUCACCAUCUCUUCAGUGACCAGGAGCAAUUAUGGAGAGUAUGUCUGCACGGCUACCAAUAAGAUCGGAGAAAACUCUGCCACGUUUAUUCUGGAUGUCUCAGAGCAUCCAACUAUAGACUUGGAUCCACGCAAGCUGACCGUUAUUCCAGGAGAAUCUGGAUCGGUGCUCUGCAAUGCCACAGGACAUCCAACUCCAACCAUACAAUGGGUCAGGAAGGCUACCCAAGAAAAAAUGACGAGUGUGGAGGGAUCUGAGCUCAUUCUUGAAAAUGUAAUGCCCUCUGAUGGUGGCUUGUACUCCUGCAUAGCCAGCAACCCGGUGGGCACAACCAUUGAGGACUUCCAGCUGAUAACCUGGCCUGGGGCACCCGCUCAGUUCAGUGUGGCCGCAGGGUCCUCAUCUUCUGUCCUCAUCCAGACUGUCUCAGUGCAGGACGGAGGGUCCUCUAUUACCCAGUACAUCCUUCAGUGGAAGAAACCGUCCGAUGAAACCUGGAGUCAAAGUGUCGUCAAGCCCACAAAUCCCCUGGUGAUCACGGGCCUUGAGCCGUACACAGAGUACUCAGUUCGUUUUGCUGCCAAAAACUCACAUUACCAGGGGAACUUCUCCACUGAACGUAGGAUCUUCACACAGUCCGAACGGGAACCCGACAGCCCCGUUCUUUCUCUGAGCGAGAAAAAGUUGGAGAAGAACUCAAUCUCCAUCCCCAUUAAACAGCUGAAAGACGGAGGCUCUCCCAUCCAACACUACAUUGUGCGCUACAAAGGGAACCAGGAGAAUGACGAAUGGGCUGAAAAUAAAUUUCCUGGAAACUCCAGCAGAAUCCAGCUGAAUGGUCUCCAGUACAAUGCUGAAUAUCAAAUGGAAGUUUAUGCAGUAAACCGCAACGGCUCCUCCAGCCCUGCCAAAAUCAACUUCACCGUCCCACAACCUGUCAGUCAGCCGAUGCUUGGGAAAGGAGGUGUGGUGGGCAUUGUAAUAUUCAUCUUCUUGGUGCUGAUGGUAGCAGUGGAUGCUUUCUGCUGCUACACCAACCACUGCGGCCUGCUUAAUUUCCUUGCUCGUAAACUAUUUGGACACAAACUGCCAGAUUCUACAGGGAUGGAUGAAGAGGCGAAUAAUUCAAAUGGGAAGAAACCAGAAUCUACUGAUCCAGUAGGAGAGGCGUAGAGGAAGAGUUGUCACGUUCACCAGCUGGAGUGCCCAUGAGUUCCUCCAGAGGGCACUCCUUCUGACUUUGUUGUUCUCCCAUUAUGAAAUAUAUUCCCCACAAUCCUUUGCCUGGACUCAUUAUGGCUUAAUUUAAUUUCUCCCACCUGUUAAUCAUUUACUGGUUUCAGUUUGCCUAUUUAGGCUCUUGUGUUUUAGUUGUGGGUCAUGAGUUAUUUCUCCAUUGGGCUAUCUGGAUGUCUUCUUUGUUCAUUCCUUCCUUCCUUCAUGGUCUUUGGAUUAUGUUCCUGUUUCUUUGUGUGGACUAUUUGCCAGUUUCCAGGUUUGGAGUGUCUGUACUUUUUGCCUUUUGUUAUUAAAUUGUGUGCAUUUGGA